AUGGCGACGGUAAACUCUGCGUACGCCGAACCUUCUCUUGGCGGCUUUAGUUUCGAGAACUGCAAGAGAAAUGCCUACCUGGAGACUAAGGGUGUCAAGAUGCCCACAGCCAGAAAGACUGGAACUACAAUUGCAGGCAUCAUCUUUAAGGACGGUGUAAUUCUGGGUGCGGACACCAGAGCCACAGAAGACACCAUCGUGGCAGACAAGAACUGUUCCAAAAUCCACUUCAUCGCUCCUAACAUAUACUGCUGUGGUGCUGGUACAGCUGCUGAUACAGAGAUGACCACACAGAUGAUCUCCUCUAACCUGGAGCUGCACCGACUGUCCACCGGGCGCGAGGCUCGCGUCUGCACGGCCAACAGGAUGCUCAAACAGUUCCUCUUCAGGUAA